AUGCCUAAAGAAGCACAAACUCAACUCCAUGGAAUGCUAGGAGUACAAGAAGAUGAUGGGAAGGGAGUCUAUCUGGGAUUACCAUACAUGAUUGGCAGGUCUAAAAACGAAAUUUUUGAUUUUGUUAAAGAAAGAGUCUGGAAGAAACUUCAAGAGUGGAAGGAAAAAGCCUUAUCACAGGCUGGAAGGGAGGUAUUAAUCAAGGCAGUGGUCCAAGCUAUUCCCACAUAUGUGAUGUCUUGUUACAAGCUCACUAAAACUCUGUGUGAUGACAUUAAGGCUCUCAUCCGAAACUUUUGGUGGGGACAGAGAGGGACGGAAAAGAAAAUGUGUUGGGUGAGGUGGAAUAAGUUAUGCCAGCCAAAAUCAGAAGGAGGUUUGGGUUUCAGAGACAUGGAAGCCUUUAACCUUGCGUUAUUAGCAAAACAAGGUUGGAGGCUAAUUAAGGACCCUGAAUCCUUGGCAGCCAGAGUUUUGAAGACCAAAUAUUUUGGUAGGACAAAUUUUCUUAAUGCCAAAUUAAGGAGCAAUCCGUCUUAUUUAUUGAGAAGUUUAUUAGAAGGAAGGCGUUUACUCAACAAAGGCAUUGUGUGGAGAGUGGGUAAUGGCACCGACAUCAAGGUUUGGGAUGAUCCGUGGAUAUCGUGUCCUCCCUCUUUCAGGGUGUCGCAACAUGCUAAAAUGUUGUGGCCAGAUGCUAGAGUUUGUGACUUAUUUGACAACCACUCUGGCGGCUGGAGAAUGGACUUGCUAAGUGCUCUAUUUUUGAAUCAUGAAAUACAGAGCACUCCCCAUGGGGGUUUAAGGAUGAGCUAG